AUGGAAGCGUUUGAGGAAGCAUUUAAGAAGACAACUGAUUCUGUGGAAGAAACUAUUCAGACGGUAACAGGCCUAACAAACAAAGUGCAAGAGUUGCAGAGAGAAAUAGAAUCGACCAAAUCAGUCAUAAGCAGUGGAAUAUACAUACGAUGGGGUCGGAGGUCAUGCCCUGGAACCACGGAACUGGUGUACGAAGGGUUUGCUGGAGGUGGAGAUUACGAUCAAAAUGGAGCAAGCAGUAAUUAUAUUUGUCUGCCAAAGGACCCAAUCUUUGAUUGCGAUGAAAGAACAGCGGGUUCGGUAAGCAGGGUUUACGGUGCUGAGUAUGAAACAAGUGAUGCAACAUUUCACACGGAUUUACAUGACAAAGAAGUUCCAUGUGCCGUCUGCCACGUUAUUGGAAGAAGCGUUGUCAUGAUCCCGGCGAAGAAUGCCUGUUAUAGCGGAUGGCAUACGGAGUAUUCUGGCUAUUUGAUGUCGUCUUAUCACGGCCAUAAAGGGAACAAGGAGCUCGUUUGCAUGGACGGAAACCCUGAAAUGGCGGAUGGAAGUGAUGAUGGUAACCAGAAUGGUGCUUUGUUUUACUUUGCAAAAGCUGCUUGUGGCUCGUUAAAAUGUCCUCCUUAUAGCGAGAACAAGGCGUUAACCUGUGUUGUGUGUUCGAAAUAG